AUGUCCGGCUCAAUCACGUACUUUGGCCGCCACUCGCUCCACGCAGAGGCGCCCCUCAUCGCGUCCUCCUUCUCCCGCGGCCCCCUCAUGCAACCCACUGCCAACCCCGCCGCCCCCAAGCCUACCAACGACAUCCUCAAGCCCGACAUAAUUGCGCCAGGUGUGGAGCUGUGGAGUGCAGGCCCGGGGCAGUACUUGGGCGACCCCAACAGCUACUUCUCCGCGCUCUCCGGCACCUCCAUGGCCACACCACACGUGGCGGGCAUUGCAGCACUGCUCGUGCAGCGCUACCCCACGUGGACGCCUGCCAUGGUCAUGUCAGCCAUGAUGACAUCAGCAGCAACAAGCAACAACAAGGGGUUCAGCAUCCGGGAUUCGUCGAGCGACUUUGCGACGCCGUGGGACAUGGGCGCAGGGCACGUGAACCCGAUGGGGCUGCUGGAUGUGGGGCUGGUGUACGACGCGGAUGCACUCGACUUCAAGAACUUCCUUGCCGGGCAGAACCUGGCCAAGGCCAAGGCAGCGUUCAAGAGCAUGCCGGUGAAGGCCAUGAAGGUGUACAACCUCAACCGCGCCUCUAUCUCCGUGACGCGGUUUGUGGGGACCGUGGUGGUGAUGCGCGAGGUGACGAGCGUGGGCAACGCUACGAGCACGUACAAGGCGGACAUUGUGGUGCCGGAUGGGGUGCUGCUCACCGUGAAGCCCGCCAACUUCAGCAUCACGCCCAAUGAGACGGUGCCGUUCAAUGUGGCCAUUGUGGCCAUCCGCACGGGCAGCACGGCGUUCUCGUACGGCAGCCUAACGUGGCGCGACCAAUGGGGGCAUGCCGUGCGCUCCGUCAUCGUGGUGCAGCCUCUCAAGCUCAAGUGA